AUGCCCAUGCCCAAACACAUUCCCAUCCCCAUGCCCAAACACAUUCCCAUUCCCAAACACAUUCCCAUUCCCAUACCCAAACACAUUCCCAUUCCCAUACCCAAACACAUUCCCAUUCCCAUUCCCAAACACAUUCCCAUUCCCGUUCCCAUUCCCGUGCCCAAACACAUUCCCAUCCCCAAACACAUUCCCAUUCCCAUACCCAAACACAUUCCCAUCCCCAUGCCCAACCAAAUUCCCAUUCCCGUGCCCAACCAAAUUCCCAUUCCCGUGCCCACGCCCAUGUCCUGCACACAGACCUACACAAACAUUCAGAUCCAAAUCCAUACCAAUGUUCAUGGCCACGCCUACGUCCAUGCCCGUGCACGUACUCGUGCCUUUGCCCGUGCCCAUGCCCGUGCCCAUGCCCGUGCUCAUGUCCAUGUCCAUACCAAGACCAAUACAGAUACAUAA